UAGGGAUUAAUCUGGUUCCUUUAGAUCGCGUGCGACUCAGAGAGAGAACAUACUGAAAACAGUGAACAACCUCAAACGCCGCCGCCGUAAGAUAAAAUAGCAAUUCGAAGCGAAGGAAAAAGGUAAAGUAUUGAGGUAGUGUUUGUGUAUUGAAAAAGUCAACGAUAAUGAGUGAGUCAAAGCAAGAUGACAUAGUUAUGGCAUCAGUUCACUCCACAGUCUUCAAAGAAUCAGAAAGCCUCGAUGGAACGUGUCUCCAAAUUAAAGGUUACGAUUUCAACAACGGCGUCAAUUAUCAACAACUUCUCAAUUCCAUGCUCACUACUGGAUUUCAAGCUUCAAACCUUGCUGAUGCCAUUAACGUCGUUAAUCAAAUGCUAGAUUGGAGGCUGGUUGAUGAACCUGUGACUGAGGAUUGUGCUGACGAAGAGAGAGAUUUGGAUUACAGAAAAUCUGUUAAGUGUAAAGUGUUUUUGGGUUUCACUUCUAAUCUCAUUUCAUCUGGUGUUAGAGAUGUUGUUCGUUACCUUUGUCAGCAUCACAUGGUUGAUGUGAUUGUUACAACUACAGGUGGUAUCGAAGAAGAUCUCAUAAAGUGCCUUGCACCUACAUAUAAAGGAGAUUUCUCUUUGCCUGGAGCUCAUCUUCGCUCAAAAGGAUUGAAUCGAAUUGGUAAUUUAUUGGUCCCUAAUGACAAUUAUUGCAAAUUCGAGGACUGGAUUAUUCCUAUUUUUGAUCAAAUGUUGAGGGAACAAAAUAAUGAGAAUGUUCUGUGGACACCGUCCAAGCUAAUAGCUCGAUUGGGAAAAGAAAUUAACGACGAAAGCUCCUACCUUUACUGGGCAUACAAGAAUAAUAUUCCAGUUUUUUGUCCUGGAUUAACUGAUGGCUCAUUGGGUGACAUGCUGUACUUCCAUUCCUUCCACAACCCUGGUCUGAUUGUGGACAUAGUGCGAGAUAUAAGGGCUGUGAAUGGUGAAGCUGUACAUGCAAAUCCUAGGAAGACAGGCAUAAUUAUUUUAGGAGGUGGUCUUCCAAAACAUCACAUUUGCAAUGCCAAUAUGAUGCGCAAUGGGGCAGACUAUGCGGUUUUUAUUAACACUGCUCAAGAAUUUGAUGGAAGUGAUUCUGGAGCUCGUCCAGAUGAGGCUGUUUCAUGGGGGAAAAUACGAGGAUCAGCUAAAACUGUUAAGGUACAUUGUGAUGCAACAAUAGCUUUCCCUCUUCUGGUUGCUGAAACAUUUGCCUCAAAAACGAAACGUCACCAUUGAUAAAGGUUUACUGUCAAAGUUCAUUUGAAAUGUAUUGUGUCUGAGGGAAAUGGAUUUUCUCCAUUUCUUCUCUCCAGACUCCGGUACUAAAGUUUAGUGGUGAUUCUGAGUGGAUAAAUUAUAUUUGGACUUGCCCAAUGUCACAAGGUAAUAAUUAUAUUUUCAAAACUCUAGUAGUAGAAGAAAUGGAGAAAAAGAGAAAUGGAGAGGAUCCAAUGUUGUGUUUGAGGAUCUUGAUGGACCAGUUUGCCAUUGACAUUUAAUUUUAUCAUGUUAUUCUUAAGGUCUACUUAGCAGGCAUCUUUUACCAUUCAAACGGGUAAUGGUCACGAAUUGUACAUGUAAAAUAUGUAAUGAUAUUAUUUUUGGAGAUGUGGUUUCUUAGUUUUGAGGCGUUGAAAAUUGUAAUAUCUUGAGGAAAUAAGACUAGAUAAGUUUAUGAA